UAUUAAAAAAAAAAAAAAGUAAAUUCUACGCUGAAACAAUUCAUUCGUUUUAAUGUAUCGCUUUCGCUCUAGAGUGCGCUGCGUACUCAACAUGACGUCCAACAUGAGUUCGUCCAUGGGUCGACGUUCCAAUUUGAAGAUAGCUAGUGGAGCGGUGAUAUGCGACGAAAGUAUUUUAAAAGGAGAUAUCACGAUCGGGACAGGAACCGUAGUACAUCCUAGAGCAAGCAUUUUGGCAGAAGCUGGCCCGAUAAUUAUUGGAGAAGGAAAUAUUAUAGAAGAGAUGGCAACGAUAGCAAACAGAUUACCACCGGAUGCUCCCGAAUCCACAAUGAUACCCGUACAAAUAGUUGGUAACUAUAAUGUUUUCGAAGUAGAUUGUAUCUGUGAAGCGCAUAAAGUUGGGGAUAACAAUAUUUUAGAAACUAAAGCUCACAUUUCUAAAGACGUAGAAUUAACUAAUGGAUGUGUAAUUGGAACGGCUUGUUCUUUAAUAGAACCAGAAACUGUUCCAGAAAAUACCGUGAUAUACGGCAGCAGAUGUCAACGAAGAGAAAUGAAUGACAAACCAUUUCCACAGGUAGGACAACUAGACUAUCUAAUGAGGGUAUUGCCAAAUUACCAUCACUUAAGGAAGCCUAACGUGAAAUCAAUGAAAGUAGAACCGACGGUAUAACGGAGUUGUCGUUUCUAACGAAAGAAAACGAAUAUUCAACCCAAAGUAUAGAGUUAUCUCUAUAUAAAUACGAUAUAACUUGUAUGUAAAAUGUUUAUAUGUUUUCAUAGCAUGAUAAAAAUAAUGAUGCUCGAAAUAAUUUAUGCUAAUUAUCGUAUACUUGAUAAUAAUAAUAAUAAUAAUAAUAAUAAUAAUAAUAAUGUUGCACUUUAUAAAUAAAUCAAUCCAAAUCUA